CUUCCCUUCCUUCCCUAUUCCCCUCAUUUCCAGAUCCGAAUUUCCCAAUCACCGAUCUCCGAUGACGGAGAAGUCAUGCACUCUCCUGGUCCAUUUCGACAAGGGCACGCCGGCCCUCGCCAACGAGAUCAAGGGAGCUCUCGAAGGCAACGACGUCGAGGCCAAGGUCGAAGCCCUCAAGCAAGCCAUCAUGCUCCUCCUCAACGGCGACACCAUCCCCCACCUCUUCAUCACCAUCAUCCGCUACGUCCUCCCCUCCGAGGACCACACCGUCCAGAAGCUCCUCCUCCUCUACCUCGAGAUCAUCGACAAGACCGAUUCCCGCGGCAAGGUCCUCCCGGAGAUGAUCCUCAUCUGCCAGAACCUCCGCAACAACCUACAGAGCCCCAACGAGUACAUCCGCGGCGUCACUCUCCGUUUCCUCUGCCGGUUGAACGAGUCCGAGAUCAUCGAGCCGUUGAUUCCUUCGAUUCUGGCCAAUCUGGAGCACCGGCAUCCGUUUGUGAGACGGAACGCCGUCAGCGCCGUCAUGUCGGUGUACAGGCUGCCGCACGGCGAGCAAAUGCUGGUGGAUGCGCCGGAGAUUGUGGAUCGGUUCUUGGCUUCGGAGCAGGAUCCUUCUAGUAAGAGAAACGCUUUCCUUAUGCUGUUUAAUUGUGCUCAGGAUAGAGCUGUUAGCUAUUUGUUUUCGCAUAUCGAUAGGAUCACUGAUUGGGGUGAGCAGCUCCAGAUGGUUGUGUUGGAGUUGAUUAGGAAGGUUUGUAGAGUCAAUAAGGGUGAGAAGGGGAAGUACAUUAAGGUUAUUAUAUCAUUGCUUAAUGCUCAGUCCAGUGCCGUCGUUUACGAGUGUGCCAAUACACUCGUGUCGCUGUCGUCUGCGCCGACUGCGGUUCGUGCUGCGGCCAAUACUUACUGUCAGUUGUUGCUGUCGCAGAGCGACAACAAUGUGAAGUUGAUUGUGCUGGAUAGGAUAAAUGAGCUUAAGGCUUCACAUCGGGAGAUAUUGGUGGAGUUGGUUAUGGAUGUGCUCAGGGCUCUCUCAAGUCCAAAUCCUGAUAUCAGGAGGAAGACGCUUGAUAUUGUGCUUGACUUGAUUACUCCUGGGAAUAUUGAUGAGGUUGUGAUGAUGUUGAAGAAGGAGGUCGUCAAGACUCAGGGUGCUGAGCUUGAGAAGAAUGGGGAGUACAGGCAGAUGCUGGUGCAGGCUAUAUAUUCGUGUGCAGUUAAGUUUCCUGAGGUGGCAAGCACGGUGGUCCAUCCUUUGAUGGAUUUCUUGGGCGACUCCAAUGUGGCUUCAGCUACGGAUGUGGCUAUUUUUGUGCGUGAGAUUAUUGAAACCAACCCCAAGUUGCGUGUGUCUAUUAUUACAAGGCUGUUGGAUACUUUUUAUCAGAUAAGGUCUUCAAGGGUGUGUACUUAUGCUCUUUGGAUUAUCGGGGAAUAUUGCCUGUCACUUUCUGAGGUUGAAAGUGGGAUUGCAACCAUUAAGCAGUGUCUUGGGGAGCUCCCGUUUUACACAGCUUCUGAGGAGACUGAGGCACAAGAUGUUUCUAGGAAUACUCAUACUCAGGUGAUGAACUCUUCUACUGUGUCUUCCAGGAGACCUGUAGUCCUUGCAGAUGGUACAUAUGCUACCCAGUCUGCUGCACUGGAAACUGCGAUGUCUGCUCCUGUCCUUGUUCAAGGAUCCUUGGCUUCUGUAGGGAACUUGAGAUCACUGAUUCUUUCAGGUGACUUUUUCCUGGAGUCAGUUGUUGCUUGCACGUUAACAAAGCUUGUUUUGAGACUGGAAGAGGUCCAGCCUUCUAAAGUUGAAGUUAACAAGGUAACCGCACAGGCUUUGUUGUUCAUGGUGUCUAUGCUACAACUGGGUCAAUCACCGGUCCUUCCACAUCCUAUUGAUAAUGAUUCUCAUGACCGAAUUGUUCUUUGCAUUCGAUUGUUAUGCAAUAAAGGUGAAGAACUGAAAAAGAUAUGGCUAAAGUCUUGUAGAGAAAGUUUUGUUACAAUGCUUGAAGAUAAGAAGCAUCGGGAAAUACAGGAAAGUAAAGCUAUGGCCCAGAUAUCAAAUGCGCAACCCGAUGAUCUUAUUGAUUUCUACCAUCUUAAGAGUCGAAAGGGUAUGAGCCAGCUUGAGUUGGAAGAUGAGGUUCAAGAUGAUCUCAAACGUGCUACUGGAGAGUUUAUAAAGGAUGGAGAUGAUGCAAACAGACUCAACCGCAUUCUUCAGCUAACAGGAUUCAGCGAUCCUGUUUAUGCUGAAGCCUAUGUUACAGUUAAUCAUUAUGAUAUUGCUCUUGAUGUUACCAUCAUCAACCGAACCAAGGCAACCCUUCAAAAUUUGUGCUUGGAGUUGGCCACGAUGGGCGAUCUCAAACUAGUGGAGCGUCCUCAGAACUAUACACUAGCUCCGGAAUCAACUAAACAGAUAAAAGCAAACAUCAAGGUCUCUUCAACUGAAACAGGAGUUAUAUUUGGUAACAUUGUUUAUGAGACAUCUUCAAAUUCGCUUGAGAGAACAGUUAUAGUUCUUAAUGACAUCCAUAUUGAUAUAAUGGAUUACAUCUCUCCGGCUUCAUGUGCUGAUGUGUUAUUUCGAACAAUGUGGGCCGAGUUUGAAUGGGAAAAUAAGGUUUCUGUAAAUACUGUUAUUGAAGAUGAAAAGGAAUUUUUGAACCACAUUGUUAAAGCAACUAACAUGAAGUGCCUGACUCCACCAUCGGCCCUGGAAGGAGAGUGUGGAGUCCUGGCUGCCAAUCUGUAUGCGAGGAGUGUUUUCGGGGAGGAUGCUUUGGUGAAUGUGAGUGUUGAGAAACAAGCAGAUGGUAAGCUAGGUGGAUACAUUAGAAUCAGAAGCAAGACUCAAGGUAUUGCACUGAGUCUUGGCGACAAGUUCACCUUGAAACAGAAGGGUGGUUUUUGAUUGGAGGGCCUCUUGCCUAGUUUUGCAGCAUUGUGUACCUACUUCACCCUUGAGAGUCUGCUAGCAGCACGAGGAUCCAUCUCUGUUCAUGUCACUUGUAAUUGCUUUUACAUGUUAGUGUCAUCACCUUGGAUAUUGCGUUGAUUGCUUUUGUGCUAGUGUCUAGGCCGCUAGCAUUGUUCGUCUCACUCGUAAUUGUUUUUAUGUUUGUUCCUGUGGAGUGGGGAGGGUUGCUGUAGAUUCUUUACAUUUGCCAUAUCCACAGUAUAUUGAAGGUAAAUUUGUUGUAAUGUUAAUUGAAUCUUUCUACUCCCUUUUGUUAAUUGAAUCUUUCAAUCAGGCUGUUGACUUAGCUGUCGGUUUAA